AUGCCAAACGAAAAGUCAAAGAAACAGCAAAGGAAUGCACAGUAUAAGCCAAAAAAUGCAAAAGAUUUAAGCGUUAAGAAAUGGGUUUUUCGCGAACCAAAGAAGUACGCACUUACAUCGUCACAUAAACCUAGCUCAACGAGUAACAAUUCUCGAGAAGCAACACAAAUCGUUAGGUCACACUCGAAUAAUACAACAUCAACAAUCGAAUAUAAUCACACUGUUAUCACCGCUUCAACAACCAUCGAUGAUACACAUCUUACCACGAUCUAUACUAAUAAUGAUAAGGAUUCAACCAUUGAUGAUACACAUCUUUCCACGAUCAAUACUAAAAAAACAUGGAGCAAUUGGGCUAGCACUGUGAUCAAUAAUCCACAGUAUAUCUUUUUACCAAAUACACUUGAAGAACUCAAAGAUGUUGUACAAAAUGCGCAAAUCAAUGGGAAAAAGAUUCAAUGUGCUGUUCAGGGACAUUCAUGA